AUGGAGCAAGAAGAAGCGAAAGGGGUGCGGGUGGUGCUGGUGGACAAGCCACCGGGGAUGACUCCGCUUGCUGCUAUUGAGCAGCUGCGGCGAGAGCGACCGCAAGAGUUCUCGGCAGACCUGAAGAUGGGCUACGCCGGCCGGUUGGACCCGCUGGCUCGGGGCCUCCUCGUCUGCUUGGCCGGCCCCCACGGCGCCCCCCUCAGCCUCCAGAAGGAGAUCGAGGGAGAAUCGAAGAUCUACGAAUUUCAGGUGCUGUUUGGGGUGGAGACGGACACCUACGACGUGAUGGGCCUUGUGCAGCCGCGGAGGUGCCGAGCGACUACGACGGCGACGCAGGGUGCCAGGGCUGCACAGAGCAGCAGCGACGAUGGAGGUGGCGGGGAGCGAAACGGUGAGUGCGAGAGUGAAGCCAAGCGGAAGCGGCGAGAGCUCGAGCAGGUCGACGACGGUGGUGAGAAAGAGGAACGAGAGGAGGAGGAGACCGCGGUUGAUGAUGAGCACACCAACAAGAAGAAGCAGAGACGUUAUGCGCCGUCAGAUGACGGCACUCGGCUCGAGACAGAAGACGAAGCAGAAGAGGGUCCGGGUGCAAGAGAGAUUGACGAAGAGGUGGUGAAAGCCGUCAUGCCCUUUUUCGUCGGCAAACGAAGCCAGGCCUACCCGCCCUUCUCAUCGGCGCGCGUCAAGGGCAAGCCGCUCUUUCACUGGGCCAGGCAGGGUCCGGAGAAGAUGCGGGAGAUACUGCCGUUGAUUCCGCGCGUGGAAGUGGAGAUCCGGACGCUCGAGCUCCUUUCCACCCACUCGCUCAGCCGAGACGAACUUCGAAAAGAGAUCUGGACGAAGAUUGGACGAGUGAAGGGCGACUUCCGCCAGCCGCAGAUCCUCCAGAGCUGGGACGACCACUACUUCCAGCCGCCUGCGGGAACCCUGGCACACGAGAUGGGGCAGCGGCUGGGCGUGGGCGCUGUGGCCUUUGACAUCCACCGGACCAGCGUGGGCCACCACUCCAUCGACCAGGCCAUCCGCCUUUCGGCUGCGCCUUAA